CCUAGGACAUCUUAUCUAAGUUUGUUAGAAUGCUUCUAGAAUUCUCUUUUUGUUUUAUAUAUAUGAGGUUUUGUAAUAGGAAAGGACCAUUGAAUGAUAUAAACCCUUUUGAAGCUUUGAGAAAGCUCUCUUCUUCUUCCCUGGAUUGGGAACUCCUUGAAAUCCUUCUUGCAGGUUUGAUCUUCCGACGAUCCACUACAUCAGUUGGUAUUAGAGCCUGGAGCUUGCGAAGAUCGAUGGACUGCGGAAGGUCGGCUGUCGACGACGAUCGAAGCCGCAAAACAAGAUUGGCGGUCGACGACGAUCGACGCCAAGGAAGGUGGGUUGUCGACGAUGCUCGAAGCCGGAUCUCCUUCUAUCAAGCUCAAUCGAAGAAGUCGCUCGAUCAGGUAGAUAGAAACCUUGAUCGGAUUUGCGAAACCCUUCAGUCAAUAAGGAGGAUGAGGAUGUCGUCGGCAAUCAUACCGAGACAUUCUUCUUCUUCGAUCCCCUCGCCCGCUUCACGCAGGCGCCAUCCCUCCCGCCAUACUCCCACGAUCGCUGAUGAUUACGCUCCGCUCGAGCUUCCGCUCAAAUGGCGAGAUUCCCCUCCGUUGCCGCCCACUUCACUCCGACCCCAGCAGACAGAGAACCCACUUGGCUCUCGCGAGUGUGCUCCUGGUGUUAAGCUCGAUCUAUUCCGAUCAGAUUUGCUCGCUUCUGCAAUCAACCCACAACCCGUCGCCUGCUGUGUACAUGGGGAACCUGCGGCUUUCUCGGCGCUCCACACAACCGGAUCAUGUCCGCCAAUGCGUGGACCCAGUACCAGGCCGCGAAAAACACUUCCGGCGGCCCCAACCCCGUUUUCGCCUUCAGUUCUGCACACCUCUUGCGUUCAAACCGACCUCAAACGACCCGACAAGACCAACUAUGUGCCGCCGUUUGCUUCCGACAGCAAGUGCAGAUUCGAAGAUGACAUGGAGCAAUCGGAAACCCAUAUAGUUUCGAAUGUAGAUAUGAACGAUGACGAAGGUUCCAGUUCAGACUUGCUAGAUCGGGAGACAGAUGCUGAUUCCACCACUGCUCAGCUCAUCGGAACACGCCUAGUGCGCCAGUAUUCCAUUCCGUUGGACUCGCAGAUACCAGAUCCGACACAUACAGCUGAUACUUCGAUUCCAUCUGACCACAGCAGCAGCAUCACCGGUGUCAAUGGUUUUGCAGAGGACAUCCAAGAUCCGGCGUAUCCAGAAUGCACUGAGCUCCCCCACUCUCGGAUCUACUCUUACCAGACUUCAAUCAGCUCAGACUAUAGCGAUGCUAUUUUCCUUGAAGGCAAUAUCGGAGUCGAAUCGCCCCAUCUCAGCUCUCGCGAUUUUGCGCCGCCGACCCUACUGUCACUUUCCGAUCCAACAACAUCCGACGAUGCGAACAUGGAAGAUGGAUUUGCUCCUCUUCCUGCAACCGGAACUACAGCCGGCGAACUUCCGAACUCUGUCGACAUUCGGAUCCAUGUUCCCAAACCUCCUCCACGUCCGCCUGACCAGACCGACUCCGUCGUUUACCCGACUCCUCCUCCCGCCCACGUGAGAUCCGACCCCGGCUGCUCACGCGAGAAGGAUGAUGAUCCGACAUUCGAAGUGACCAGCCGGAGAACUCACACUUGGAUCGCUCCAUUGAACUCAAACGUGGAUUGGUGUUGUGAAGUACAUUUACAACUAGUUUGUAGAGCGUACACUAGAGCGGGAUCGGUGCAGCGAAGUGAUCGCUACGUUGAACGCAGCCGGCGGAAGAAAUUGAACGAGUACCCAGUAUGGAUUCAGCAUUUCUAUUUGCCGGUGGAACAUCAUGCAGCAGAUGUCGUAUUUCUUGUUAAGGACAGUGACAUUGUCGGCACGCAGCUCAUCGGUUCUGUGUCCAUCCCUGCGGAGUGGAUUUAUUCUAGCAAGAAGGUGGAAGGCGUCUACCCGAUUCUUGGUUCCAAUGGGAAACCUUGCAAGCCCGGGGCAACGCUGAAGCUGUCAAUUCAAUAUGUCUCAAUUGAGAAGCAGGGCAUGUAUUACCAAGGAGUUGGUUUAGGUGCGGACUAUGGAGGAGUUCCGGGUACUUUUUUUCCUCUUAGGAAGGGAGGAAAGGUCACUCUCUAUCAGGAUGCUCAUAUAACUGAUGGUUGCUUACCUGACCUGAUGUUGGAUCAGGGAGGGCAUUACGAACAUGGAAAAUGUUGGCGGGACAUAUUCGAGGCGAUAAGACAGGCUUGGCGUUUGAUUUAUAUCACAGGGUGGUCAGUGUUCCACACAGUUAAGUUGGUGCGGGAUGCUGGUUUUGGAACUGAUUGUACGUUGGGUGAUCUUCUAAAAUCCAAGUCUCAGGAGGGAGUGAGGGUUCUGCUUCUUGUGUGGGAUUAUCCGACUUUAAGGAGCAUUCUUGGUUAUCAGAUAGACGGGGUAAUGUCUACUCAUGAUGAGGAGACUCGUUGAUUCUUCAAGCAUUCUUCAGUGCAAGUUUUGCUUUGCCCUCGUUCUGCUGGGAAGAGGCACAGUUGGGUGAAGCGGCAGGAAACUGGCGUCAUCGUUACACAUCACCAGAAAAUUGUGAUUGUUGAUACUGAUGCAGGACGCAACAAGAGAAAAAUCAUUGCUUUUGUUGGAGGGCUUGAUUUAUGUGGUGGCGGAUAUGAUAAUCCCAAGCAUCCUUUGUUUAGCACACUACGAACAUUGCAUAAGGAUGAUUAUCGUAAUCCUACCUUUAUGGGGGCUGAUACAAAAGGUCCAAGAGAACCUUGGCCUGAUUUGCACUCUAGAAUUGAUGGUCCAGCUGCUUAUGAUAUUCUGACAAACUUUGAGACUUCUCAAAUAUUUGAGCCUCUUGAGGCUUGCAAUUUUUAUAAGGUGCAACCUAUGAGAGGUAACAUGAUGGAGGCAUUGCAAGUUUGGAGAAAAAUUUCAGACAAGGGUGAUACUGCGGUACCCGAGGCUUCAAUGGAUAGAAAAGUUGUUAAUUUUGGAAAUAUUGAGAACAAGAUCUUCGAUCCGGGAAUUUGUCUUCUGCAACAAUCUCUUUUUGAAUAAUGCGUCUAGACGAAGUCGAGCCUUUUUACGCUAGGGGAGAAUGAUGUGGUGCAUCUUAUGCUUAUGGUGUUCCCUAGGACAUCUUAUCUAAGUUUGUUAGAAUGCUUCUAGAAUUCUCUUUUUGUUUUAUAUAUAUAAGGUUUUGUAAUAGGAAAAGACCAUUGAAUGAUAUAAACCCUUUUGAAGCUUUGAGAAAGCUCUCUUCUUCUUCUUCCCUGGAUUGGGAACUCCUUGAAAUCCUUCUUGCAGGUUUGAUCUUCUGACGAUCCACUACAUCAGUGGAUCGUCGGGCUUUUUCAUACCUAGCGAGGCAUUCUCGCUUAGCACUAGGUCUGCUGGACAAAGCGUGAGCGUCUAUAGCAACCUUCUCUUCUCCCUCAGCGGAAGAAUCGCGUUGGAUAGAAUCUGGAGGCGAAAGGAGCCCGGCGAAUCGUCCUUCCUUGACAAUGUUAGUAUCCGCUGCAAAAUUUUGCUGGAGGGGAAACGUAGCGGGCAGAAGUGACGGCACAAGCGGGGUUGAGCAUGAUGGAGGUGUCUCUCGCAGCCUAGUUGGGAUCUCUGUGGUCGCAGGCGAAUCAGAUCGGGAGCUUUGUGUUCGCGGGCGAAUCUGAUCGGGAGCUCUGUGUUUGCGGGUUGGAAACGUAAGGUGGGGGUCGUGUUGGAAUGUCCCGGCUGGAUUUAAGUGCGGUCAUCUGCGGAGGUGGAGGAGGUCGAUUCAAUGGAAGCGGGCUGAUGGGCUCAGGUGAUACCCGCGGGAGUAGAAUCGAUUCGAGGUCGACAUACACUCGAGAGGAGGAAGCGGGGGCGGGAUGUUCGGGUGAGCUGAGACGAGUGCAGGCUCUCGGGUCGCAAUAUGAGCGGUGGUUUGAAUCAUCGGCAGUGGUGGUAAUAGAAGAAGAUGGAGGUUCGGGAACACGGAUCUGGUAUUGAAGGGGAGGAGGAUCGCGCCAUCUGAGCGGAAGCUCGAGCGGAGGGUAGUCGUCAACAACGGUGGGAGAAUGGGAUUGAUGGCGUUUGCGAUUAGCGGAUGAGGAGAGCGAAGAAGAAGAAUACCUCGGUAUGGUUGCCGAUGACAUUCUCAUCUUGCUUAUUGCUCGAAGGUUUUCUCUAAUCCGAUCAAGGUUUCUGUCUACCCGAUCGAGCGAUUCUUUCGAUUGAGCUUGAUAGAAGGCGAUCCGGCUUCGAGCAUCGUCGACAGCCCACCUUCCUUGGCGUCGAUCGUCGUCGACUGCCAAUCUUAUUCUGCGGCUUCGAUCGUCGUCGACAGCCGACCUUCUUCCGCAGUCCAUCGAUCUUCACAAGCUCCAGGCUCUGAUACCAACUAAUGUAGUGGAUCGUCGGAAGAUCAAACCUGCAAGAAGGAUUUCAAGGAGUUCUCAAUCCAGGGAAGAAGAAGAGAGCUUUCUCAAAGCUUCAAAAGGGUUUAUAUCAUUCAAUGGUUCUUUCCUAUUACAAAACCUCAUAUAUAUAAAACAAAAAGAGAAUUCUAGAAGCAUUCUAACAAACUUAGAUAAGAUGUCCUAGGGAACACCAUAAGCAUAAGAUGCACCACAUCAAAUCUGAAACAUUCAACUAAUGUUCUACCUUAAAACCUUAUGUACCUGAAACAUUUGACCAAAACGUAUGAUCAUCUCCUAGGACAACAACUAAUCCAUUGUGUUUUAGGCUUCGUUUGUGACAGCUUUCUCACUGCUUCUUAAAGCAUCUUUUUAGUACAAAAUUUUUAAUUUUUUAACUAAAAAACUGCUUUAAGAAGCAAUAAAAAAGCCGUCCCAAACAUAGCCUUAGUUUGCAUUUGUGCAAUGGAAUGAAAAUAAUUGACAUUCAGAUAAAUCCCGUUUUCCUUUUACCACUCACUAAAAUAUAAUGUUUCAGAAGUUUUAUCGCA